UGUUUGAUUUAAUGGUCAUCAACGGCGUCUCUGUAACAAACAAACCUUAUAGCAACCGAUUAGGAGUGUUUCAACAAGAUGUGCGAGGUCCUCUUGCAAAGAUGUUAGAAGAUCGAGAACUGGCAAGGAUACAACCAUUCACAGUAGAAUUAAAAGAACUGCAACUUUCAUAUGGCUUGAAUCGUGUCUUUGACCAAAUACCGCACCUUAAACAUGGAAAUGAUGGACUGAUAUUCACCCCU